GAAGGAAGGGCUGCAGGAAAACAGCAAAGACAGAGAGCUGUAAUUACAUCCUGCUGACAGUUCUCUUUUUCUUUCAUGGGGAGGACCAGAACCGUUCGGUGGGGUUCUGUUCAUGUUCUGACCGUCUGAAGCCAGCAGCACUCCUCCUGGGGAAAGGUUCGGGGACCAUCUCUGCCUUGACUUCAGGUCAGCACCUUGCUGUGCAGCAGUGAUGGAGGAGAACGACGUGGAGGAGCAGCGUGAAGCCUUAAAGGAGGACGGAGAACAGGAGGGAAGCAGAGGGUGCUGCGAGAGGUUUCACCUGUCCGUCUCCAAGUGGAUGCUACCAGAAGACCACCGGGAAAAGUACCUGGAACGAGCCAAUUGCUGCCCGCCCCCCAUCUUCAUCAUCCUCAUCAGUCUGGUAGAGCUGGGGAUGUUUAUCUACUACGCCGUGUGGAAGCCUCAGAAGCAGUGGAUCACUCUGGACCAAAGUAUUUGGGACUGCCGCUUCACCUACAAGCCCGACAAGAGGGAGGAGGCCUGGCGCUUUCUUUCCUAUAUGUUUGUCCACGCCGGUGUGGAGCACAUUGUGGGCAACCUGCUGCUGCAGCUCCUGCUGGGCAUCCCACUGGAGCUGGUCCACAAGGGUUUUGAGGUGGGGAUGGUCUACAUGGCUGGGGUCCUCGCAGGCUCUUUGGCCAGCUCCAUCUUUGAUCCUCUCAGUGCUUUGGUCGGGGCCUCCGGGGGCGUUUAUGCCCUGCUCGGAGGUUAUUUCAUGAACGCAGUGGUGAAUUUCCGAGAGAUGAUACCUCUCCUUGGAGUGUUUCGAAUCCUCAUCAUAGUACUUAUCGUCGGUGCAGAUUUUGGGUUUGCCUUUUACAGAAGAUUUAUCCAACAUGCGGCGGGUUUGCAGGUGUCGUUUGUGGCUCAUUUCGGAGGAAUUAUUGCCGGCAUGACCGUCGGCUACGUCUUCUUCAGCGCUUACAACAGCAAGCUGUUAAAAGACCCACGGUUCUGGAUUUGUAUUGUAGGCUACAUAAUUUUCUUUAUCUUUGCUGUGUUGUUCAACAUCUUCAUCUCUCCAGCACCGUAAAACCACAAGAUGGUCUCAAAGAUCCAUUGUGUCUCAGCAUGCUGGAUUUUUACGUUU